GCUGGCUGCUCGGAGUGAUUGACAGUCAGCAGAGGUUUACACGGCCGGUCCUGCUCACUCGCUCGGUUUGUUAUCGUACAGCGAAGAAACUGCAAGCAUGGCGAGCCAACAGAGAGCCCAGUCACAGACAAGAAGAAGAGCACCGUGUAUCGGAUUAUUGAGGAUGAUAUUUAUUGCUUUUAUUCACAUGACGCGGGCCAAUAAACAAGCAUUCAUUCAGUCAGACACAAUUCUAGAAGUUUUACAUUUUGGCGAGGGAAGCCUUUUACAGGCAGAGUCUGACAUCGAUUUUAGUUUAUAUCACCAACAAAGCACGUCCCCGCAACGUGGGAACUGCCGCCCUAUACGGUUCGAACCUCCAAUGUUGGACUUUCACGAACAACCCGUUGGAAUGCCAAAAAUGGAGAAAGUUUAUUUACAUAAUCCUAGUGCAGAAGAAAUUAGUUUGAUAUCGAUAUCAGCAACAACAGCACAUUUUCACGCAUCCUUUUUCCAGAAUAGGAUAAUUCCACCAGGAGGAAACACGUCAUUUGAUGUCGUGUUUCUCGCUCGAGUAGUUGGGAAUGUAGAAAACACUUUAUUUAUUAAUACAUCACAUCAUGGAGUGUUUACAUACCAGGUUUUCGGGGUUGGCAUCCCGAACCCCUACAGACUGCGGCCCUUCAUCGGGGCGCGAGUCCCAGUAAACAGCAGCUUCUCACCGCUGAUAAACAUCCACAACCCGUACAGUGAACCACUGCAGGUUGUUGAGAUGUACUCCAGCGGGGGGGAUCUGCAUCUCGAGCUUCCUACAGGCCAACAAGGAGGCACUGGAAAAUUAUGGGAGAUUCCUCCCUUUGAGACGAAGGGGGUGAUGAGAGCCAGCUUCUCGUCGAGAGACGUCGACAACCACACGGCUUUCAUCAGAAUAAAAACCAACGCCCCCAACGAGGACCAGUUCAUCAUCCUGCCUGUGGAAGUGGAGGUCACAUCAGCCCCUGGUAUAUACUCCUCCACAGAAAUGCUUGACUUUGGUACGCUGCGGUCACAAGAUCGCCCAAAACUGCUGAAUCUACACCUUUUAAAUUCAGGAACAAAAGACGUUCCAAUCACAAGUGUUCGGACGACGCCAUCAAACGAAGCGGUGACCGUAGAGUUCAAAGCCGUCACACUGAAGGCUGGAGAGAGCAGAUAUACCAAAGUUGCUAGUAUUAGUUUUGACGCCUCAAAAGCAAGACGAUCAUAUCAGUUCUCUGGUAAGAUAACUGUGAAAGCAAAAGAAAAAAGUUACUCCAAGCUUGAAAUCCCGUACCAGGCAGAAGUUUUAGAUGGAUACCUGGGUUUCGACCACACGGCGACAUUGUUCCACAUCAGGGACAGCCCCGUGGACCCCGUGGAUCGACCCAUCUUCCUCACAAACGCCUUUGGCUUUGCAAUCAGGAUACACAACGUGUCUCUGCCCGAAGAGGCCAAAACAAUGUUUAAUGCGCAGAACUUCAGCGCCCCCAUCCUGAUCCCCGCACACGAGUCUCGUUACAUUUUCUCCCUGCUCUUCCGACCUGUGCGACCCUCCAUUCACAUAGACAGCAACAUCCUGCUCAUCACAAACGCAUCCAAGUUUCACCUGCCUGUCCGGGCCUACACAGGCUUCCUGGAGCCUCUGGUCCUGCCUCCCAGUCUGAAGGAGAACAUCCUGGACUUUGGGGUCCGCAGUGCAACAGACACCAGCAGCAUCAUAUUUGUGGUGGUCAACAGUAAUCCCAUAGAGCUGGAGAUAAAGUCGUGGCUCGUCACAGGAGACAGUAUUUCGAUGGAGCUGCUGAAGACAGAGAAAGGAAACGCCACUGUGGCUCUGAACCGCCUCCGAGAGCUGCAGAACAUCUCCGCCUCCAGCCACAAAACUGUGAUAUUAGCAUCCGGCUAUUAUGCAGCAUUCAGAGUGACACUGGUGGCCAAAGCACUGGAGGGCCUGUAUGAUGGAGCCAUUCACAUCACCACAGAUUACGAGAUAUUAACCAUCCCAGUGAAAGCUCUCAUCGCAGUGGGGACGCUAAGCAGCUCUCCGAAGCACAUCGUUUUACCGGCUUCGUUUCCAGGCAAAGUGGUUCAUCAGAGCUUCAGCAUCCAGAGCUCCUUCACUCAGAAAGUGCGGCUGCAGCAGAUCCGCUCGCUGACUGAAGACAUUCGCUUUUAUUAUAAGCGGCUGCGCAACAACAGAGACGAGCUGGAGCCCAGACGGAAGUCCAAGGUGGCUAAUAUUUAUUUUGACGCCAGCUUGCAGUGUGGUGAUCACUGUUAUGUGGGGCUGCCAUUUGUGCUUAAAUCGGAGUCGAAGCCUCACGGUCUGGCGCUUCAGGAAGAUAUCUGGGACGCAGACGUAGAUCUUCAUCAGAAACUCCUGCGCAGAUGGAAAGAGCUCAAAGAGCGCUCGGGACACAAGAUCGAAGCCGUCUUUGAAGUCAACACGGACCUCCAGAAGAAUGUGCAAGCUAAAAUCACGGCUCACCUGACCUGGCCGUCGCUGGUGAACUCCUCUCAGAGAAUCAUGUUCCCUCUGACCAACACAAACAGCUCCUCUGAGGAGCAGGUGAUUCUGCAAAACCCUGCAGACGUGCUGGUUUACGUGCAGGUGCUCCCUUUGGCCUUGUUGCCCAACCCCUCGGUGUUCUCUGGAAAGCUGGCGGACAGGCUGCCAUUAGGAAACCUAUCCAACAUCAACAUCGACACGAGCACCUUAGAGUUCCAGGUCCACAGAAACCAGACGUCCCUAAUAAAGAGCAGCUCAGGCUUCGUGGAGGGAUCGACCCGGCCCUUUGUGUACAACCUGCUGCUGCUGCCCGGAGAGAUAAAGGCCUUCAACGUGAGGUUCACUCCCACCAGCAACCACAGCGUCUCCUCCCUCCUCAUCGUCAGUUUCCACGGGCAGAGGAACGACGGAGAGCCUGAGGUGGGCGGGGAAGCUCCGGGUCAGGGCAGCUCUCUGAGGUUCAAGAUGACCGAGGCGCUGCUGAAGGACUGCACAGAGAGUUUACACCCGACUUCACGUCCUCCCGAGUGAUCCGGGAGCUGAAGCUGGUGACAUGCGGAGGCUCUGAGUUCGUGUUUGUCCUGAACGCCUCGCUGCCGUACCACAUGCUGGCAACGUGCGCCGAGACGCUGCCCCGACCCGGCUGGGAGCUCGAGCUCUACAUCAUCGUGUCUCUCAUCAUGAGCUCCAUGUUUCUGCUGGUGAUCGCCACGGCCUACCUGGAGGCUCAGAGCAUCUGGGAGCCGUUCAAGAGACGCGUUUCCGUGGAAACCAACUCCACCAUGGAGACCGGGAGGCCGUUUAAUCUCAGGGAAAUCGUCCAGAUUCACAGCGACUCAAAGUUGAAUGAUUACGGCGACCCCCCGCAGAGAGUUUACUCCUCCAGUAACGGAGCCUCGAGGAUCGGAGGUCGUCAGGGAAACAGCCGCACGUUCCCAGACUCGGAAAGCCAGGACAAACGUUCCCGACUCGGCUUCUCCCGCCCAUCUAUGCCAGUUUCCUCCUCCUCCUCCUCUUCGUCCUCCUCGCAGCUGAGCAAGGACCCCCCCGUUUUCCAGCUGACCAACCGGAAGGCCCGCAGCUCCAAACAGCCGGAGCUACAGGGUUUCCCCGGGUCAGCGCUGCCUCACAGGGGCUCUGACGGCUCUGAUGAGUACAACAGCCUGAUCGGAGCCAUGGACAACGACCUGGACCGUCCAGAACCGCUCGGCGCUGCUGAAACCCUGCAGGAGCAGAGCGUGCAGGCCGUACAGAACAAAGUGCUGGACUCCAAAGGGAAGCUGCGGGGGAAAACAAAAGCCCAGAAGAAGAAGGAGGAGAAAGAGAAGAAGAGUUUGGUGAAGCCUCAGGGAGACGAGCUGAAAGAAAACGGGGCGGAUAACGACGACAGCUCCUCCACCACCACAGAGACCUCCAACCCCGACACGGAGGCCAACAGCAAGGAGGAACCGGUGAAAAAAAAAGGCGGGACAGUAACGACAGGGAAAGUGAAAGAAGAGCCGUCAAAUAUCCUCCUUAAACCCAAACCCAAGAAACCCGCCAUCAUAAAGAAAGAGUGCCCAGUGGAAAAAUCCAGUUCUCUGGAGCUUCCCUAUGUGACGCCGCUGGAGAACAAACAGAGGAAGAGCUUCACCUCCAAAACUCUGCACCCGCUCUCCAACAUCCCCAAGAGCCGGCCGCUGCAGAAACAACAGAGAUUCGAUGGGAAGCUGGAAGAAGGACGCCCGUCUCUUUUGGCCAAACUGUUAUCCAGCGUCCCCGUGGGAGAGCUGGGACACAGCAGCAGCUCCGAGGGGGAGAAAGAGUUCGCUGCUCCAGAGUGGGAUAUCCCGCUGUCCAAAAACAGCGUCCAAGCCGACAGCCUUCAGCAGAUUUCCCUCCAGACGAUAAACGCAGAUCCGUUCCUGAAGCGCUCGGCCACGGCGGGAACCUGCUCCCCCCCGCCCGCCUCCCCCGUCCUGCUGUCCAGAGGAUCCUACAGCAGCGUGCUCAACAGCAACAGCGAGCUAAACCAGAAGAAGGCUCCGGGAAAUAAGCUUUCUCCCGCCACUCCUCUCCCGGGUAAAAACGGGAACCCGACGUUUGCUGCUGUCGCUGCGGGUUACGAUAAAAGCCCCGGCGGUUCUGGUCCAGGGAAGAGUCUGGCUCACAUGACGUCUGUGGAGAGUGACGGUUCUGACAGCUCUGGAUUAUGGAGUCCUCUGGAAACAGCCAGCAGUCCCAACUUCCACUCUGCCAACUCCUUCUCUGCGUUUGGACCCAACAACUGCUUCAACCUGACCGGAGUGUUCAGUGGGAUGAACCUCCCGAAGCCCACGGAGCCUCAGCCUCAGCAGAGUUGGCCCGAGUUCAGCUCGGCUUCGUCCAUCUGGGACGUCCCGACCAGCGACUCCCUGCACUCCUGGCCCUCCAGCUCCCCCACCGCCCCCACCGCAUCCCUCCUGGGUAACGCCCGCAGCCUCUGGUCUGCCCCGACGCCCUUCAGCUCCUUCAGCUCCUCCAUCUGGUCCACCAGCGCUGACUCUGCGCUGCACCCGUUCCCCCCGGCCUCCAGCUCCUCCUCCACCCUGACGGACCUGGUGUCCCCCGUCACCCCGUCUCCCCCCCCCUCCGAGAUGAGCCGCACGUACAACCCGUGGAGCAUGUGGCGCCCGACGCUGAGCCGCCGCAGCUCCGAGCCCUGGCCCAGCUCCUCGGACAACAACAACAACAACAACAACUGAACAACACUUAAAGAGGAGGUUUUCAUUAUUUUAAUCCCGACAGGAAGUUACCCUGAAGUGUAAAAACAGGGUUGCGUGGUAUCGCGCUGCAAGCCAACCAACCCUUCGCAAUUUAGUUCUCCGCAGCUUUUUAUUCACGGGGGCAGAAAUGCUAAUUUUAUUUGGAUUUGUUUUUUAACAGAUUGCCCCUGAAUUUAAAAAAUAAAUGCAUGGUAUGCUAAUGCCAGUGCAGACAUGUUGCUGUUAUAGAAAGGCUGGUGAUGCUGCAUCCUUCUCAGAGUUUGUCUCAGUAUUAACAUUUUUAAUUUUAAACGUAUUCUCAGUCAUUUUGGUUCUUAUUGGUUUCUAAAAAAAAAAAAAAAGACAUUUGAAUCAUUGCACCAAGUUUUUAUUUGGCAGCGGGGAUUUUUUCAUGAUCUGAAUUUUCAGAAGUCCAACAAAUAAAUUCUUAUUUCACAUUUUAAACAGGAAUUGGUCAAUGAACACUUUGAGGUUUGUGUUGUACAUCGCCUCUAUUUGUCAGCUAAUUUAAAUAAAGGAUUUCAGCAGAACA